CAGACUACACGUUAUUGUUGGCAUUGUGUUGCAUUACUUAUUCAAUAUAUUCCAAGGGGGCACCAUAAAGGAGGCAAUGCCAUUCACCCCACACCUAGACCAUUGGAAAAGGUCUUAAACUUAGAAAUGUGGUGCACAUAUUGAUACUUUUCAAGUAGUGAUUGAUCAUACUUGACAUUACUAUAUUCAAUGUGAAGUAAUUAUCAAGAAAGCUUGAUUUCUUGUUUAAUUUUUAAAUGUAACUUAAAUGUAAGCAGCAACAACAGUUGGUUAUAUUUGUUGUUAUCUUCAUAUGCUUAUUUGUUAUAUCUGUUUCAUAAAUUACGUUGUAAAAGUUUUUUAUCCGGACAUUUAUUAAUAGAAGGCGUAAGGUCCACUAUGAGCACAUGUGUAAUGUUGUUCGUAGUAUUAAUCUGAUUGGUGGACCUUAUCAUGGACCCGCCCACUCUCAAUAAUUCCUUUUGACUAUUGGACAGCCAAGUCUCUGCUCAUGUCUCUCCAUGUCCCGAAUGCCUCGGAAGGCACCGCAAAGGCUGCUGGGGACUGAAGUCCAUUAGUCCUGACAAAAUAAAGUCAGUGCCCUUUAUGCACUACAAUUCCCAUAAGUGUAGGAAAAGGCGUGUCCUGCAAACUUUUGUACAGAGGCAAAUUCAUACAGUUCUGGAGGCAGAGAAGUAGGCCGAUAUCUGUGUUUGACAAACAACGCAACUAUGACUGAGGGAACACACCUGAGGAGGAGAGGAGGACCUUACAAGACAGAACCAGCCACAGACCUGAGCCGCUGGAGGCUGACUAAUGUAGAAGGCAGACAGACGUGGAGCUACGUGGAGGAACAGGACACUCCAGACAGAGAGCAGACCAUGCUAGAAGCAUUUAGUCUUGGCCUAGACACUAGCAAGUUUGUUUCUGACAGUCCAGCUGCCCUCACUGCCUCUGAUGCUGCUCUGAAAGGUAUGCACUUCUACAGUCUACUCCAGGCUGAAGACGGUCACUGGGCUGGGGACUAUGGUGGACCUCUCUUCCUGUUGCCAGGCCUCCUUAUAACAAGUCAUGUGGCUCAGAUCCCUUUGCCUGAAGCCUGGAAGAAAGAGAUGGUGAGAUACCUCCGCUCGGUUCAGCUGCCAGAUGGAGGCUGGGGUCUACAUAUAGAGGAUAAGUCUACCGUUUUCGGCACUGCACUGAGUUAUGUAUCCCUGAGAAUCCUGGGAGUGGAUGCUGAUGAUCCGGAUUUGGUUCGUGCCAGAAACAACCUGCAUGACAAAGGUGGUGCUGUUGGAAUUCCCUCUUGGGGUAAAUUCUGGUUGGCCAUUUUAAAUGUCUACAGUUGGGAAGGAAUCAACACGUUACUACCAGAGAUGUGGUUGUUUCCUACCUGGAUGCCAGCCCACCCUUCUACACUGUGGUGUCACUGCCGCCAAGUCUACCUUCCCAUGAGCUACUGUUACGCUGUCAGACUCAAAGCACAGGAGGACUCCCUCGUUCUUAGCCUCAGACAGGAGUUGUAUGUUCAGGAUUAUGCUACCAUCAACUGGCCUGCUCAGAGGAACAAUGUGGCACCAUGUGACCUAUACACGCCUCACAGCACACUGCUAACUGUCGCCUACAUGGUGUUGAACUUUUAUGAAGCUCAUCACAGUGCUGCACUAAGAAAAAUGGCGGUCAAAGAAUUAUACGACCACAUCCAGGCUGAUGACCGCUUCACAAAGUGCAUCAGCAUCGGACCGAUUUCCAAGACUAUCAACAUGCUGGUUUGCUGGUAUGUGGAUGGUGCUUCUUCACCAGCCUUUCAGGAACACGUGUCCAGAAUACCCGACUAUCUCUGGUUGGGGUUAGAUGGCAUGAAAAUGCAGGGAACAAAUGGAUCUCAGCUCUGGGACACUUGUUUUGCUGUACAAGCGUACCUUGAGGCAGGAGGUCAGAAUGACAGCAGGUUAGCCAACUGUCUUCAUGAGGCCCAUCGCUUUCUCAACAUCACACAGAUACCCGAUAAUCCUCCAGAAUACCAAAAAUACUACAGGCAGAUGAACAAGGGAGGCUUCCCCUUCAGUACCCGUGACUGUGGCUGGAUUGUAGCUGACUGCACAGCAGAGGGACUGAAGUCAGUGAUGCUGCUGCAGGAGCUCUGUCCCUUCAUCAAAGAUCAUAUCCCCUCAGAGCGUUUGUAUGAUGCUGUCAAUGUGCUGCUGAGCAUGAAAAAUUCAGAUGGUGGAUUUGCUACCUAUGAAACUAAGAGAGGAGGGAGACUCUUGGAGCUGCUGAAUCCCUCUGAGGUGUUUGGAGACAUUAUGAUUGAUUACACAUAUGUGGAGUGUACUUCAGCAGUGAUGCAAGCUCUGAGGCACUUCCAGAAGGUUUACCCAGAUCACCGUGCAGAAGAGAUAAGCUCAACUCUGCAUGAGGGGCUGGAGUACUGCAGGAGGGUUCAAAGACCUGAUGGAUCCUGGGAAGGAUCUUGGGGAGUUUGUUUCACGUAUGGAAUCUGGUUCGGGCUGGAAUCUUUUGCGUGCAUGGGACACACUUACAAACAAGAUGGUGUGUGUGAGGAGGUGCAGAAAGCUUGUCAGUUUCUGCUGGACCGGCAGAUGUCAGAUGGAGGAUGGGGGGAAGACUUUGAGUCAUGCGAGCAGCGGCGCUACGUCCAAAGCAGUGCUGCACAGAUACACAACACCUGCUGGGCUUUGUUGGGGCUAAUGGCUGUUAGGCAUCCAAACAGAGAGGCCAUUGAGAGAGGAGUUCAAUUACUGAUUGACAAGCAGCUGCCCAAUGGAGACUGGCCUCAGGAAAAUAUUGCUGGUGUUUUUAACAAGAGUUGUGCCAUCAGCUACACAUCCUACAGAAACGUUUUUCCGAUCUGGACCCUCGGCCGCUACUCACGGCUUUACCCCAAUAAUCAGUUGGCUGGAAAGAUGAAGCUGUAA